ACUGUUGAUUUGUACAGUAAGAAAAAAAAAACGCCCAGUCUCUUCUUAAAAUUACAUCGUGGUGAUAACGUCUCCGUCAGUCUACCACCUUGUCAGUGUUACAGGUCCCCCCAUUUGGGGUACUGCCAUAAGGAAAGGAAGAAAAGAACUUGUUGUCAGGCCGGUUCUGAGCGUCGUAGUUUAAAGGUUAAGUGGAGUGCGCAUUCCAAACGCGGUGGUGAUUGUAUUUUCAUAUGCAGGUGAAAGCCAAUAUUUCCGUUAAUGUGCAUUUAGAAGUGCAACUGUUCGGAGUUAUUUUGAACGUCGUCGCACCGAGGAAUUAAUCAGUUAACAAUGACAACGUUAAACAAAGAUCUACAACGUGAACGUGAAAGAUGUACUUUCGAUCCUCUUGAACUGACACAUUACUUCGAUGGUAGUGCGGAGAAGACAGCACUACGACGGGAAAGAGAGGAAUAUUUCCUUAGUGAUCCUGACCUGCAAGAUGACCUAUCGGCCAAGUACAAAAGUCAUAAGGAAGUUUAUGAGGAUGCUGUGCGUAAGGGUUGCAUAGUCCUCAAAAAAGUGCAGGAUCUUCAAGAUAGCGGAAGAGGCAGCAUGGAUCUAUUUUCAGAGGUUCUGGGUGGGAUGCUGGGUUCAGCUAUUUUAAGGGAUGGAAAUCCUUUAACGUUACAUUAUGUAAUGUUCAUUCCUGCCAUAAUGGGCCAAGGUACUGUUGAGCAACAAGGUUAUUGGAUUUCCCGAGCCUGGACCUGUUCUAUUAUUGGAACUUAUGCCCAGACGGAACUUGGUCACGGAACCUUUAUCAGAGGCUUAGAAACAACAGCAACGUAUGAUCCAUCAACGAAAGAGUUUAUUUUGAAUAGCCCUACGUUAACUUCUUACAAAUGGUGGCCAGGCGGCUUGGGUCACACGGCAAAUUAUGCAGUGGUUGUGGCUCAGUUAUAUACAAAUGGAGAGUGCAAAGGGAUUCAUCCAUUCAUUGUACAACUCAGGGAUGAAAACACUCACGAGCCUCUACCAGGGAUACAGAUUGGGGAGAUUGGUACGAAGUUAGGAAUGAAUGCAACGAACAAUGGCUUUCUUGGCUUCAAGAGUGUCAGGAUACCGAGGGAGCACAUGUUGAUGAAAAAUUCACAGGUACUGGAGGAUGGAACUUACGUAAAAGCACCAAGCGAUAAAUUGACGUACGGUACAAUGAUGUUUGUACGUGUUGUUUUAGUGCGUGACAUAGCUAGGUAUCUGUCAAAGGCGGUUACAAUAGCCGUGAGAUACAGUGCUGUCAGACGUCAAAGCCAGAUAAAAACGAACGAGCCAGAAUCCCAAAUUAUGGAUUACAUGACGCAGCAGCAUAAGCUAUUUCCAAAUUUGGCAGCAGUCUUUGCCUUUACCUUGUCUGCUGCUUGGAUUUGGGAAAUGUACAACAACGUUACAGCGGAGCUCGAGGAAGGGGAUUUAGAUAAAUUACCGGAAUUACACGCUUUAUCCUGCUGUCUUAAAGCAGUAGCAUCGUCCGAUUCAGCUACCGGAAUAGAACAAGUUCGUUUGGCUUGUGGCGGUCAUGGUUAUAUGGAUGCAAGUAAUUUGCCAGGAACUUAUGGCCUCGUGACCGCUACCUGCACUUACGAGGGCGAAAACACUGUCAUGCUACUGCAAACAGCCAGGUACUUGGUGAAGACUUGGAGACAAGCCAUCAAUGGGGAACCUCUGCCACCUACGGUUAAAUAUUUUGCCAAUGCUGCACGAGGAGUCAAACAGCGACCUUGGAAGAAUACAUUGACCUGCAUUGUCUGUGCUCACCAGGCGGUGGCUGCAGGUAAAAUUCGUUUGGCUACCGAGAAUAUGGAUAGAAGAAUACGUAGUGGCAUGUCCCAAGAAGACGCAUGGAAUCAUACCAGUAUUGAAUUAGCUCAAGCUGCCGAAGCUCAUUGUCGAGGCUUCAUCGUCAUGAGGUUUACAGAAUCCGUUAAGAGCCUUAACACAGUUUCCAAAGAACUACACGCGGUGCUUGUACAGCUCUGUGAAGUUUAUGCAAUUUACUGGGUCUUGCAGCGAGUCGGUGAUUUUCUCAGGUUCUCCUGUUUGAACGCCGAAGACGUCCCGUCCUUACAGAAGUGUCUCGAGGAGGCGCUUUUGGCUAUACGUCCAAACGCCGUUGGUAUAGUCGACGGUUUUGAUAUCCGCGAUGAAAUUUUAGCGUCCGCCCUAGGUGCUUACGACGGAAAUGUUUAUCAGAGACUCUUCGACGAGGCCAUGAAGAGUCCUCUGAAUCAGGAGAGUGUUAAUAAAUCCUUCCAGCAAUAUCUUAAGCCUUUCCUCAAGAGUAAUUUAUAGUUAUGAUACUCUGAAGCAUAAUCAAUAGGCGUGCAGAGGUACAGCAUGCAUAUUGAUUCAAUUAAUUAGUGACGUUAUUGCGAUAUUAUUUUUUUUAUCGAUUUAAUCGAAUUGUUAAGCUCUUUAUUGUGUUUUUAAUGAAAAUACCAUGACGCGAUAUUAUCUAAUAAUUCUCUAUUAUUGAUAAUGCGAUGCGGCAUGACAGCUGAGCUGUUAGUCUGUAUUCGAUUGCGGCGUUGUUAAAUUUACUAUUUUUGAUAAAAAAUAAUAUAAAGAUAUCUAUUGAAACGUAUAGAAGUUGUAGAGGUGAAAGGAACUGAUGCAUCACAUGUUAUUUAUACGAAGCAUAGAACUAUUAAUAGAUAAGCACGAUUGACAUUCCAUGUCAUAUAUUGCGUGAGACGAUUUUAUCUGUAUACGCGUUUACGAAUACAGAAUGCGCGACAAUCUAACAAUUAUUUUAUAUGAACAUUUACGAAUACAGAAUGCGCGGCAAUCUAGCAGUUAUUUUAUAUAAACUUUUGAAUGAAAACAAAAAGGUCAUUAAGCCGAAGUAUUAAUUGCAUUAAGGAUUUUGGUGAUUGCAGGCUUUUUAUAUCGGUAAUAAUUCAUCCUUGAAUAAAUCACGUAUCAAGUAAAAGGGAUACUUCUCAAUAUAUCUUAUACGGUACAGUGUUUAUUUACAGAAUAGGAUCGACGACAUACAUUAUUAUUUGUUAUACUAAUAUAGUGCAAUUAUUAUUAAUUCUUGUUAAUUAAUAAUAACGAGUCGUUGCCGUAUCCGCGUACGAGAAUAGCAAUAAACGAUUUAACGUCCGCGUGAAAGUGUCAAAGGACGUCGAGAUUUUACGUGACGAUCGUUAAUAACGAUCGAGGGAGAGGAAAGAUGAAAAUUUGCGAGUGGCGCCAAAAAUAAAUAGCUGAAAGAAAGAGAGGCGAGAGAACGUUAAAUUAGAAAAAUUGCAAUUCUCGCGCGCGUUGGCAUUAACAUACGUAUAUACGUAUAUACAUACGUAUUCGCGUGUUUCAUGUGUCCUCUGUGUGUAUAUAUAUACACAUAUAUACGUAUACGCUAUGUAAACCGAUACUUACACUUAGAAAAUAAUAUUGUUAAUUAUUGUUAUAAUUAAAUAUUAUCGUAAUCGUUUAAAAUUAUUAUUUAUUCGUCCACCUUGGCCUAAUAGUCGUCUAGCAGACACUCUUUAAUCGCUAUAGUAUUAUGGAAUUACACCCUCUUAUAAAAUA